AUGCUUACUGAAACAAGAUUAACUAAUAUUAACAACGAAUCUCUUGUUCCUUUUACUUCUUCUAAAGAUUCUGAUUCUCAAAAGAAUUUUCAUUUUCAUUCUUCAUUUUUAUAUAAUGAUAUUAAUUUGCGUGAUCUUUUAAAUCAAACCAUUGAAGAUUUAUGUAAUCUUUACGAUGAAGAAGAAAUGAAAGGAAAUUACGCUGCUUCCGUCUUAAAUUUAAUGGAUCAAUUUUUAGCUACUAGAAAUUUAAAACCUGAAGAUUUAAUUAAUUGUACUCAUGUUAAUCAGUUGAUCGCAUUUGAUUGGUAUUAA